ACAAAGAAACUUUCUCUCUCUCUCUCUCUCUCUCUCUCUCUCUCAAAUUCACAAACCUGCAUUUUCCUGGAAAACCCCAUUUUCAUUUUCUUGAGAAAAAAGAAAGCCAUUCAAUUCCUUUUUCAUCACUAAACUUGUUGAUAAAGGUGCUCCAAAAUGCAUAAACCUCAUAAUGAUCAUCCUCUUCCGCAAGCUGAAACAACAUGUGGAUCACUUCUUCAAGAACUUCAGAUAAUAUGGCAUGAAGUUGGUGAGUCUGAGUCUGAAAAAGAUAGGAUGUUGUAUGAGCUUGAACAAGAGUGUCUAGAAGUAUACAGAAGAAAGGUAGAUAAAGCAAAUUGCUCUAGAGCUCAACUUAGGCAAGAAAUUGCUGAUUCCGAGGCAGAACUUACAGCUAUCUGUUCAGAAAUGGGAGAGCGACCUGUACAUAGUAGACAGUCUGGUCAAAAGGCUAGAAGCUUGAAGGAAGAGCUAGCAAUGAUUCUCCCGGAGUUGGAGGAAAUGCAAAAACGAAAGUAUGAGCGUAGAAAUCAAUUCAAAGAAGUUCAAGAGCAGAUUCACAGUAUAUCAAACGAGAUUUCUGGUCCAAGUGAAAACGUCCCACUCGUUGUAGAUGAAACCGAUUUGUCAUUGAGGAAACUUGAAGAAUUGCACAGACAACUUCAUACACUUCAAAAGGAGAAGAGUGAUCGUCUCAAGAAGGUCCAAGACAAUCUGCACACUUUAAGUUCUCUCUGUUCAGUACUUGGUUUAGACUUUAAGCAGACAGUUAGCGAAGUCCAUCCUAGUUUAGGAAAUUCGGAAGGAUCCAGGAGUGUAAAUAACGAUACCAUAAGCCAAUUGGCUUUAUCUAUACAAGAACUGAGAGGAGUGAAAUUGCAGAGAAUGCAAAAGCUUCAAGAUCUAGCAACAUCAUUAUUGGAGCUCUGGAAUUUGAUGGAUACGCCGAUUGAAGAACAACAGGUGUUUCAGAAUGUUACAUGUAACAUCGCAGCUUCAGAACAUGAAGUAACUGAACCAAACACCUUGUCUGAAGAGUUCAUUAAUCAUGUGGAGGCAGAAGUAUCUAGAUUAGAGGACUUAAAAUCAAGCAAAAUGAAAGAGCUUGUUUGGAAAAAAAGAGCCGAGCUAGAGGAGAUUUGUAGAAAGACUCAUUUGGUUCAAGAAUCUGAUGCUGCGAUCGAAAAGGCUAUUGAGUCUGGAUCUGUAGACCCUGCUUAUGUGCUUGAACAAAUUGAGCGUCAGAUUUCCCAAGUCAAAGAGGAAGCUUUUAGCAGAAUAGAAAUACUUGAAAAUGUUGAGAAGUGGUUAUCGGCAUGUGACGAAGAGUCUUGGCUGGAGGAGUAUAGCAGAGAUGAAAACCGUUACAAUGCUGGUAGAGGUACUCAUCUAAAUCUUAAGCGAGCAGAGAAAGCCCGUAUCUUGGUGAACAAAAUUCCAGCAAUGACAGACAAAUUGACUUCAAAAGCAGUAGCAUGGGAAAAGGAUAAAAGCACCGAGUUCGUAUAUGAUGGUGUCCGUUUAGUUUCUAUGCUUGAAGACUACAUCUUAUUACGGCAAGAAAAGGAGCAAGAACGUCGUAGACAGCGGGACUUGAAGAAACUUCAGGUACAAAUGAUAGCAGAGCAGGAAGUACUGUAUGGGUCGAAAAGCCCUUCAAAGGCCCAGAGUGCAAGAAAAGCGCCUAGGACACCAAAUGGAAGUGCGGCUAAUAGAAGAGGUACCUUUGGAGGAUCAGUGCUAAAACCUGAUUCAAAAGCUACUCAAUCAAGCUCCACAAGGAAGACUGACAAAGUAAACCAAAUUGAGCAAACAAAUAACCUAGACGAUGCCAUUUCAUGUUUCUCAUCAGCUAGAAGAGGAUUUGAUAUUGCUGAUUUCCCUACGAGAAAAUACUCAUUUGGUGCUGGAAUUGUUCGGGAUAUCGAAUCUCCUUUGACACGACAACCUUUUACUACCAUCUCAUCAACAAUAUCAUCACUAGAGAAUGUGGAAAAUGCUGCAGAUGAAUUUAGUAUGCAGAAGCAGAAUUUGCAGAAAACAUUAGCAGCUAACAAUUUGCCACUCACUACUACUACUACUAUCUCAAAGACAGACGCAGUGGUCGAUGAAGAGAAUAGAACUCCAAAAGAAAAUCCUAUUCCUGUCUCCACCACCACUACUACUACACCAAAGACAGUGUCAAUUCCUAUGAAUACAGCCAUGACUCCGGCUCAUUUCGGAGGUGACUUGAUUCAAGAUAUUGAAUAUUCCUUUGAGGAAAUAAGGCUUGGUUUUUUGUUAGCAUGACAUUUUGAUUUAGUUUUUAGUUUUUUAUAGUGAUGGUAAUCUCAACAAGUCAAUUGUACUUGGCUUUCAGGUUGUGUAUAUACAUAGUCUACUUUUUGAA